UAAUUUUUUAGCGGCUGUUUCAUUUUUACAGAUUAACAUCAAACAUUUUUUUAAGUCAAUUAAAAAAACUAAAACUGUUCGCUAGAAUUAAUACAUUUUCUGCAAAACUUAUACAGUACACAAUCUGAGCGGUGAUUCGACGCGAUAAACGAAAUCUCAUCAUUGGUGGCGGUCAGAUAUCGAUAUCGGAAGCACCACACCAGGCAGCAUUAUUGGUCAAUGGAGUGUUUACUUGCGGUGGUUCCAUUAUCGGUUCCAAGUGGAUACUGACUGCCGCCCACUGUGCUACCGAUGAUUUGAAGACAAACGCACAGCGGUGGCGGAAUGGUGCGGAAAAUUGCAAACGUUUUUGUCCAUCUGAACUUUCUACCGAAUGUAGGACUGAACGAUAUCGCACUGCUCUUGCUGGAUGAACCGUUGUACUUCGAUGGUACAAGUGCGUCAUGUGCUGCUAUUCCCGCCCAAGGUGAAAGAUUACCAUUCGGUAGCGUAGGUAAAGUAUCCGGUUGGGGUCAAACAACGGAAAGGGCUGGUUCAGGGUCAACCAUGCUCAGGACAACCUAUUUGACGGUUCAAUCAUUCGAUCAAUGUCAGGAAGUUUACCAGGGAAGGCACAAUUUGGAUGAUGAAGCACAAUACUGCAUUGGAAACAACGAGAUUCAUACGGGAUCGUGCCAGAGGGACUCGGGUGGUCCAUUCGUAGUGGACAAUACUGUUUACGGUGUAGUGUCGUGGGCUGAAAUCUGUGCCGAUUCCAAACAUCCGACCGUAUAUACGGACGUUGGCGCUUACGCGAAAUGGAUUCAUCGUACUGUGAAAUCUUUGCACGAAAAGCUAGAUUGUAAUGUUAUGUAAUCAAAAGGUAUAUGAAACAAUUUUUAAUUGCACAGAAAUAGAAUCAAUAAGUCAUCUCAAUUGGAUCUGAAGUACGAUGCUCCAUCACAAGUCAUCGUAUGUUCCAAGCGCAAAAACAAAUUAUUUAUU